AUGCUGCGUGUUUUUGCUGUGUCGGGGGAUGAGUUGGCCUCGUUGCCGGCGGAGGACUUUGCGGAUGUGCAAGCCCUGAAGAACCAUCUGAAAGGCUUAUGCGGGCUUCCACGAUUUCGACAGCAGCUCCUGUGCGGUGGCGAGGUUCUGGAGGACAAGGUCAAGCUCGAGUCUGCGAUGGACCUUCAGUUGGUCUUGCUUCCCUUGUCGAGUCCUUCCGCAGCAGAUCGGGCAAGGCUUGUUGCUGCAGCUGGCAGUGGCACAGCGAGCGAGGUCGACAGGCUUCUGCGCCGACCGCAAGACCCGGAUUUAACCGAGAAGGAAGGCCAGGGACCAUCGCCCCUGGUCGCGGCAUCACGUCAUGGCCAUGUGGACAUCGUUCAACUGCUGCUGGAGGCCGGUGCUCGGAAAGAAAUCCCAGCCAUUCGCACACCUAUUUGCGAGGCAGCUGCCAUGGGUCAUUUGGAGGUUGUGCGCGUGCUAAUGGAAGUUCGAGCCAGUCUGGACAAUGACAGUGAUGGAGCGUGCUUGCCAGGUCGCGCCACACCCCUGUUCCUGGCAGCCAAGGCUGGUCACGCACCAGUUGUGCACGAGUUGUUGAAGGCCCGCGCCAACGUGGGUGGCUUCACUCUCCACGAAGCUGUUCGGGGGGGUCACACGACGAUUGUGGGCGAACUGCUCGAGUCCGGCGCCCCCGCGGAGCCUCUGCUCCUAGCAGAGGCACAGGUCCAUGGACAUAACGAGAUCUUCCAGCUUCUGAUGGAAAGAAUAUCAUCGAGUGGGAUGGGCCUGGGGCCAGGCCGUGCGUCAUACUGA